AUGCGAGGGCUGCUGCUGUGCGGGGGGUGGCUGCUGGCCGCCAGCUACGUGCUGGGCGGCUGCCGGCACCGCUGCUGCCCAGGCAGGAACAACGCCUGCUGGGCUCCAGGUGCCCACCGGGCUCGCUGCUACUGCGACUCCUACUGCGAGAGGACGGGCGACUGCUGCCAGGACUACCAGGCCUCGUGCCGCCGCGCCGCGGUGGGCUGCGUGGUGGGACCCUGGGGGCCCUGGAGCAGCUGCAGCUCCCUGUGCGGGGUCGGCAGCAAGGACCGCAGCCGCCAGGUCACCGUCCCGCCCCGGCACGGCGGGGAGCCCUGUCCCGACCUCAAGCAGCGCCGCGGGUGCCUGGGGGAUGACCCGGCCUGUGGGGCCGCCAAAGGGGUGGCCAAGGUGCUCCCUGACUCCUUCAGCCUGGACUUCAGGGAUCCCUGGAGAAGAGCUGGGCUGCAGAGGCCAGAGGAGCCACCCAGCUCCCCCCUUCCCAGCUCCUGCGGCGUUUUCCGCCUGACGCAGGUGGCGGCCGCCUGCCGGGGGCAGCCCUGGAGCCGCCGGCUGCAGCGGGACAGGCGGGUGUGCGUCCAGUGCUGGGGGGAUGCGCUCCACGGGCACCCCCGCUGCGAUGGGCACGGGCUGCAAGGAGCCAGGACGUUCUGGGUGGCCGCCUCCGUGGCGGGGUGUCAGGGCUCCUGGGUGCGGGAGGCGCUGCAGGACGGCUGCACCUGCCCCUCGCCAGCACUCGUCUUUGUGUAGCCCAUCCCCCGGGAAGUUUCAGCCCUCCGCAAGCUUGCUGCCUGCCUGCGGUGACGGGAGGCAGCUCCUUUGCGAUUUCCACUACUAAAAAACGAGGGAACUGCUCAGUCCUCAGCCGAGUGACUAACACUGGAAGAACGGAGGCUGAAU